CUCCUUCUGCCGCCCAGGCUCUGCUGCCGCCCGUCGGACUCCUCCUUCUGCCGCUCCCGGCGCGGAGCCUCCCGGAAAAGGGCCGAGCACUCUCCGGCCGGAGCCAGCUCAGCCGCGGCUUCCGGAGCCCGCGAGGCGGUGGACUGGUUUGCGGUGCAGAUUCUUCUUAAUCCUUUGGUGAAAACUCUGUCACAAGAUGGCUACAAAUAAGCCCAAGGGUCAGAAUUCUCUGGCCUUACACAAAGUCAUCAUGGUGGGCAGCGGUGGUGUAGGCAAGUCAGCUCUGACCCUGCAGUUCAUGUAUGAUGAGUUUGUGGAGGACUAUGAGCCUACCAAAGCAGACAGCUAUCGGAAGAAGGUGGUGCUGGAUGGGGAGGAAGUACAGAUUGAUAUCCUGGAUACAGCUGGGCAGGAGGACUAUGCUGCGAUUAGAGACAACUACUUCCGGAGCGGGGAGGGCUUCCUCUGUGUCUUCUCUAUUACAGAAAUGGAAUCCUUUGCAGCCACAGCUGACUUCAGGGAGCAGAUUUUAAGAGUAAAAGAAGAUGAGAAUGUUCCAUUUCUGCUGGUUGGUAACAAAUCAGAUUUAGAAGAUAAAAGGCAAGUUUCUGUAGAAGAGGCGAAAACCAGAGCCGACCAGUGGAAUGUAAACUAUGUGGAAACAUCGGCUAAGACGCGCGCUAAUGUUGACAAGGUAUUUUUUGAUUUAAUGAGGGAAAUUCGAGCCAGAAAGAUGGAAGACAGCAAAGAAAAGAAUGGAAAAAAGAAGAGGAAAAGUUUAGCCAAGAGAAUCAGAGAAAGAUGCUGCAUUUUAUAAUAAAAGCCCAAACUCCUUUCUUACCUUGACCAUACUAAUAAAUAUAAUUUAUAAGCAUUGCCAUUGAAGGCUCAAUUGACUGAAAUUACUUUAAUAUUUUGGAAAUUGUUAUGUAUCACUAAAAGCAUGAAUUGGAACUGCACUGAAAGUCAAAUUCAUUUUAAAAAAAGAAAUUAACGUGGCUUCACCAAGAAGCAAAGUUCAGCUUAUUUCAUACUUGCCUACAUUUAUCCCGGUCCUGAAUGUAACGUCUGAGCUUGUGUUUUGAGGGCAGUCUUACUCUGUUAAAGGUGAGAUGGGGUGGCAAAUGGGAGGAAAGGCUACUUCCUCUGGUUUAUUAUAAAGCUCAAAUUUUUAUAUCAUUUUAAAAUGUCUUGGUCUUCUACUGCCUUGAAAAUAACAAUUGUGAACAUGAUAAACUGUACCACUUUUUUUAAACCACUGCUAUGCAAAAUAGAGAAGAAAAGUUAUUGGCAUGAUUGUUGCAUAUAGUUAAAUUGAAAGUAAUUCAUCUGUGAGCCUAUGUUAAUUACCUGGCGAUUACGUUAGAAAAGUGGUGUAAACUUGCACAUGGAAGUUUUUGAAUAUGCCUUAAUUUAGAAACUGAAAAAUACCCAGUCACAUCAUACUGGGUGUGGCCUCACUGGCGCCAUGGGCCCGUUGCCCUGUGUGUCCUGGUGAGACAGUAUAUGCCUCGUAUAGAGUACAACUUUUGUACAGAAGAUUCUUGAGAAAUAACUGCUAGGAGUCUAUCCAAAUAUAAAAUGUGUGCCAUACUCUGGUUCUUGAAAGAAGGUUCCAGAGCUCCUGAUUGCUUCUGAUUAACUAUGUGGUGGUUUAAAAUGCAGGGCAGUGUCUACUUGUUAGAUCAUUUUAGACCAAGGAUUCAGCACCACUUGUUUCAGUGAGCCCUCUCUUUAUUUCAGAUGCUGGUCCCUGGUAAUCCCUUUCUGCAGGUGUUAAUCAUGUGUUCAGUUUUUUUAUCUCUUCGGAGCAGGCCCAGGAAAAGCAGCAAUAAUGCUAAUGCAUUUUGCACUAGAACACUUUGGGAAAAUAUUCAUGCUUGCUACCUGUUAAUUUUUAAAUGUAUACUCAUGAGGUUACAGUUGGCUAUACAGGAGAUAGUUAUUAGUGUUUGUAGCCUGUGUUCAUAAGGAAGAACGCUGUAGCUACAGUUUCCUAAAGUUAACAUCAAGCAGUCAUACAUGAGUCCAGUGCAGAAAACACGUUCUCUGUGCACAGAUCACACUCAGCUGUGUCACUGUUUUGUGGUGUGCCGGCUGGAAGGAUGCUAGCAUGCUAUUUGGAAAGUCCACCACUGUCAGAUUUUUCUUUUCUUUGGAAUGGAGCUAAAAGUUGAUUCACAGAGCUUUUCUUUCUUUUUGUUCAGUCCUCGUUUCAGUAAAUCAAAGAUGUGUUCAGGCAUUCCAGGUAACAGAUGUGUAUGUAAAGUUAACAGAAAUAAGCUUUUUAGAAACCUCAACUCUUUAGAUAUUACAUCCAGCUUGUCAUGUUAAGUAUUUGUUCGUAAAGGGUUUGAGAUGUACAUUUUUCAUGUCGUACUUUUCAUAGACUAUGCCAUGUGCAGAAUUAAAGUACCAAUGUAACCCUGGCCCGCCCACGGGUCCAGCGAUC